GAACGCCUUCUCUGCUUCUCAUUGGCCAGCCGCUGCCUUUCGCUUCAGGCUCUCGCGGGGCUGCUGUGCGAAGAUGGCGGCCGAACUGGUAGAAGCGAUGAACAUGGUGAAGAGUUUCCGGGUGUCUGAUCUGCAGACGCUGCUGGCCUCAAUGGGCCGCAGCAAAAGUGGGUUGAAGCAGGAUUUAGUGGGAAGAGCUCUUCGGCUUGUGCAGACCGAAUACAGUCCGGAGCUGCUAAAGAACGUUCGACAGCUCUAUGAGACGCGCUUCCCCAAAGCCUCGGCCUGGCUGGCAGCCCGGCGGCCUGAGUCCGUGCCUGUAAACUACCCUGCCCUUAACUCCUCGCCCAGAGGCACGGCCCAGGGCACCGACUACCUCAACGGCAUCCCCAAACCGGCGCCGCCUCCUGCAGCAGAAGUCAAAUUGGUGCCCCUGCCGUUCUACCACAACCUAGAAACGCUGCUGCCACCCACAGAACUAAUCGCUCAGAACAGCGAGAAGCUGCAAGAGAGUCAAUGCGUUUUUGAAUUAACACCAAGUCAAGUGGAACAGAUCCGGAACUCUAGUGAACUUCGCCCAGGAAUGAAAUCAGUUCAAGUGGUUCUCAGAAUCUGCUACACAGACUCUAUCGGUGUUCAGGAGGACCAAUAUCCUCCCAAUAUUGCUGUGAAAGUGAAUCAGUCCUACUGUCAUGUACCGGGUUACUAUCCCUCCAAUAAACCGGGUGUUGAGCCACGUCGACCCUGUCGACCUGUCAAUAUCACGCCAUGGUUACACCUCUCCACAGUCACUAACAGAGUCACCAUCACAUGGGGCAACUUUGGAAAGCGGUACUCGGUGGCAGUGUACCUAGUGAGGGUGUUCACAUCUGGAGAGCUCUUCAACCAGCUGAAGCAUUGCUCAGUUGAGAGUCCCGAUCGUUGUCGCGAACGCAGUAAGUUUCUCACCUUGACCAAACACACUUGGGUUACACUUGAAACCCUGUAAGUAAAACAGUAGCAAAAAACAGUUGAAAUAAUUUGCAUAUGUGUUUUUUUUAUGUAU